AUGGCAGAAGUGUCGACUUUCCGAAAAGUCUCGCAGAUCUGCUGCUCCAUUGUAUGGUGUCUUCUCGCAGCAGGCCCGGUCUUCGGCUUUGCAGCAUUGAAGCCCGUUCUCAUCAACGAGGGUGUUUAUAGCGAUAGAUGCUCGGUCCACGCUGGUGGAGAAAAGACAAUUCCAUGUGACGAGCAGGAUUUGGCCCUCAACUUCUUGUUCACGGCGGCAUGUAUGGUCACUAACAUCUCUGCGUUGCCAGUGGGAUCUAUACUUGACUCUUAUGGACCCAAGGUGACGGGAGUUAUCGGAUCAUUCAUUAUUUUUGCUGGUGCCGCAACGCUCUCCAUGGCCAAGCAGGUUGGUCUUUUUGAUGCAUACUUGGCAGGCUACACGUUGCUCGCGUUGGGUGGACCUUUUGUGUUCAUUUCAUGCUUUCAGCUUGCCAACAGCUUUCCGAAGAAUUCGGGGUUGAUCUUGGCCCUCUUGACCGGAGCGUUUGACUCGUCUUCGGCUCUAUUCUUAGUGUAUCGACUCAUCUACUUCAACUGGUUUGACUUGUCCCUUAAGACGUUCUUCCUCUACUACUUAGUGGUACCUGUAUUUAUCUUCUUAUGUCAAACCACCAUCAUGCCAAAGGACUCGUACAAAACCGUUGGUACGCUCGCAAAAAUUGCAGAGACGAAACUCGACGAGACUGGCAAGCCAAUUGACAGGGAGAGGCUCCGCAGUGAAGAUAGAGCCGUGGCAGAUGUGGUGACUUUCACUCCACAGCCAAACAUGACGGAAACAACUUCGUUGCUCAUUAGAUCUGCAUCCUUCUCCUCCGUCAGUGAUCGUAGAGACUCUACCAUCUCCCGUGCCCCUUCGAUCAAGUCCAUCUAUGAGCGUGAGGCUGAAGAUAAGCUCUUCAAUUCGACGGGAGGAGUAUUCGGUAUCAUGCAUGGUUUUUCCAUUACCGAGCAAUUGAAGUCUCCGUGGUUUGUGUUGAUGGCCAUUUUCACGACGAUUCAGAUGCUUCGUAUCAACUUUUUCGUUGCCACAAUCAAGUUUCAGGAGUUGUUCUUGUACAAAGACGAGGAAUUGGCAACAUCCAUCAAUCAGUUCUUUGAUCUUGCAUUGCCGGUUGGCGGACUUUGCGCAAUUCCAUUCAUUGGUCUCCUUCUUGACAACUUGACCACAUUGAAUGUCUUGUGGCUCUUGUCUAUCAUUUCGGUAACCGUUGGUGUGGCUGGAUGCAUCUCCUGGCUUCCUGCCACCUACUUGGGAAUCAUUUUAAUGGUUCUUUACAGACCUUUCUAUUAUACAGCCGUGUCAGAUUUCUGUGCCAAAGUGUUUGGCUUUGAAACUUUCGGAACGGUUUAUGGAACUAUUAUUUGCUUUUCUGGAUUAUGUAAUAUUCUCCAGCAAUUUAUGGACCAGAUCACGCACAGUCAUUUUGAGGGAAACCCCAUUCCAGUGAAUGCAACCUUGACUGCUCUCACCGUUUUGUUCGCCGGUCUUAUCAUUGGGUUUGUCAGAUCUCAGGAAAAGGCAAUGUCCAGACGGAGUCUCGAGAUCGAAGCCCAGGAAGCCACCAUCAGAAGUCUUCCUCACUAA